AUGUUAAAAGAAUUAUGGUUGCUGUUACUCAUCGCAAGUGUUGCAAACUCCGCUGCGAUCCACUACUCGGAGUUGGGUCCCCAGCGUUUGUUGGAGAUCGUCCCAUUGAGCUACGGGAGAAGGUUUUCGCAGCCCAAAAAAUAUCGGCAGGACUGCGCCGUUUGCCAUGACUUGUACUUCAAACAUCCCGAGCUUCUGAAAGGAAUCGCUGAGGGAGACAACAAAUCGUUGGAGGAAUUGCCGGUGAGUGAGAGGUGAAAAAAUAUCAGUUUGUCGGGAAAAUAAUGAGCACUCUGUCGAGUCGAAAAUUGCAUUGUCGCUGCAGAAAUGAAUUGUAAAAAACACUUUUCUAGUUGGCCAAAAAAAUUAUCAGUCUAUAUCUAAAUUUGCACACACAAGCGACAUUUUAUACGACAAAAACUACUCCGGACAUGUUUCAUCGUAUAAAAUGGUAUUCAAUUGAAAAUUUGCAAAGACACAUAGAAUAGCCGCUACAUCCACCCUCUAGAAAUUGUAUCUCACUUCUAGCAGAUUUAGGCGACAUUUUAUACGACAAAACUACUCCGGACAUGUUUCAUCGUAUAAAAUGGAAUUUUAAAAAAGUUUUUUGAUUUUAUAAGUAAGCAACAUUUACUGGUAAUAAAAUUGCAAACUUUUGUUUAGGGUGACAUUUUAUACGAUAAAAAUGUUUCGGACAUGUUUCGUCGUAUAAAAUGACGGGAAGUUAACUAUGUGAAUUUACUCAAACUUUCCUUCAAUUCCAGGCCAUUUGCGACGAGCUCCAACUCCACCCGAACGCCUGCAAAAGUCUGGCCAAGGUGGAGAGCAUUAAACGCGCCAUCCACUUCAUCGAUCACCAAUCAAAGGACGCCGCCGACAUGUUCUGUGUUUCCAUCUCAUUUUGUACGGGUUAA